ACGACAAUACCGUUUGUUCGCGAUGUUUGCUCUCCAGGUAUGAAAUCAAUGGCGUAGAAUUAAUUAAAUUUUUCUUUAAAAUGUUUUCACCGAUUGGAAGAAAUCAGAGCGCGUAGCGAAAUCGAGAUUUCCGUCACUAUACACCCCUGAGAGGGUGCUUGGCAACCGGAAGGACCAACAAGAACAACGCUGCCGCGCAUACAGCUGGCAGAGCUAUACAGGGUGGCAGAUGUCUUUCUCAAAUGUCGCCGUUGAACGUCAUCGAGCAUUACGUUUGGAGAGUGUUUCCUUUCCAUCCGCGGAUCCCCGAGAUCAUCGACGUGGAAGGCGAACGAGACACAAACGAAAACGUUGGCAACUUCCGCGAAAACCUUUGAUCUCGCAGAUUCGACUAUCCUACGAAUGUUUAAUAAGUAUUCCAGUUGUCAAAAGUAGAGCGUAACAAUGGCGCAGAAGCCGCAACACACGCCAGACGAGCAGGAGCUCGAGACGAUGGCGCAAGCCGAACUCUCAAGGUUGAAGAGGCAGUACAGGAUAAUGGAGAAUGAUCGAGCAGCUUGCGCGGAGGAUGCGAGAUUGCAGCUCCGCAAUCAGAUGAACAUGAUCGCUCGUUUCGAGUACGAAAAGGCGGAGCUUGUGCUCCGCAUUAAAACCGCGAACUCGAAAACGUUUGCGCGAGAGGACGAAGAAAUGGUGGAGAAGUUGAAGUGUCUCUUAACGUUGGAAACGAAUUACGAGAGCAUGAUUAAAGCAGAGAAAGGCGAAAUAGCGGAACUCGACGAUCACAUAAACAAGCUCACGAAAGAAGUUACCAGCUUAAAAAUGAAAGUUCGAUCGGACGCGCAACUCAAGGAGAUCUCUGCGCAACGUGACAAAACGGUCACGAUGUUGGAGAAUCGGUUGGAAGUGGCGACGAAGAGGUUCAACUUCGUGAUCGCCCAAAACGAGAAGCUUCGGAACGAGAUCGACGCGAUGCUCAAAGAAAGGGCACAAUUUACGGCAUUUUGGAACAAAUUAAUUGGACAAUUGAAUACUGGGAAACAAAUCAUCAACGACCUGAUAGAACAAGCUACCAUAGCGUUUAAUCAAAGGGACGAAGAGUUAAACAAGAUUCAGGCACUUCGCGAAAGGGGCAUAAGAGAUCUGAGAGCGCACGUCUCAGAAAUGUGCGAGCUGCAAAGAACGAUGGACAACGAGAUGAAGCUUCAAGAGUUCCUCGGUGUAAAAGGACAGCAUCGCGAAAUGGCUGAUUUGAACGCGAAACGUGCAGCUGAAAAGAAAGCUAACAUGGAAAAGAAACAAAACAUGAUUUCAAAUUAUAAGCAAAUUCUUCAAAUGAUCAAAGAAUUUAUCGGUGAACAGGACAUCGACAAGCUCGUGGCACACUUCAUUAAGCAAGAGGAAGAAAACUUUGCUCUAUUCAGUUACGUGAACGAAUUAAACGACGAGCUGGAGAGUUUGCAGACGAGGAUGGUUCAGCUGACGACAGCUAUAGAUGAGGCACACGUGGAGAAUGAACAUCGCGGUUUACAACAAACCGAGACAUUGGAGAAGCUCAAGACAGAACUUGAAGAGCAGACAGCUCUCGCCGAUGCGGCUGAAGAAAGUCUAACAGAGUGCAACGACAUACUUGAGAAGCUAUUGAAAGGAAUAGACUCUCUGUUCAAAGCGAUACGUUGCGACAAUGCACCGAUCUUGGAGUUACUAGGUGACAAUGAACAGAUAACGACGAGCAACGUCAUGUUGUAUCUGGGGAUCAUCGAGAAACGUAUCACGGAAAUGUUCCAUAAAGUGUAUUGGGUAGACAGGGCCACCAAAUCGCAACAAUUGCGCCUCGACGAAGACAAACGGCCCAGAUUGAAAGUGCCCCCCAUUAAAUACAUCGCUCCUACCCAACCUUGUGCACUGUAAGUCCUCCAUUCCAAACACGCUCUCCUUGCCUUCCUUCAUUUCCCUUCAACUUCGAUUAAAUCAUAUAGAUGCUUCGAAAAGGAGGAAUUACAAAUCGUAUCCGAAGGGUUGGAGCAGCCACUGACACGCGACGA